AAAAGAUCAAUAAUUUCGGGGGAAGAAUUAAGGCCAUGGAAAGAAACGGCCGUCAAAAGCUCCUCCCGGGUGAUCCCUUUGGGCGAUCGCCAUCGUCUCUCUCCGCCAUCAACUCCUCCUCCUACUGUGCAAUUGGAACUCCGAGCUAGGGUUUCUCUCGGCUGAGACAGUCAAAUGGACGGCCAAGCCCCUAACAUAAAGAAGUGGGUCGUCCUCUACCCAAUCUACAUCAACUCGAAGAAGACCAUCGCCGAGGGCCGGCGGAUUUCCGCCGCCAAAGCCUGCGAGAACCCCACCUGCGUCGAGAUCGGCGACUGCUGCAACCAUCUGAAGGUCCCCUCCGCAAUCGAGAUUGACAAGUUGUACCCGAGGGAUUUCCAGCAAGUAGGGAGAGUCAGGGUGUGCCUGAAACGGGAAGACGGGACUUUGUUCAACCCGGCAAUUUCAUCGAGAAAAGAGUUAAUGCUCCGAGUUGCAGAGCUGGUCCCAAGGCAUCCAGGGAGGACCAAGAAGCAGGAGGCUGCUGCAGCUUCAAGUACGUCCGGAACCUCAAAAUCUGGCAAGGGUGGGAGGAAGAAGAGAUAGUCACAGCUUCUCUUGAAGUGUAUGAAAAUCGACGCCUUUUUUACUUGAAGAAACAAGACAGGCCUCUUCGUUGGUUUAGGCAUUUAGAUGUAACAAUGGCUAAGUUUUGCUUAGGAGAUACUGUUAAGUUUUCAAAUGUUUCCUGUCAGCAUGAUCGAGAAGAUUGAACUGUGGAGGCAGUAGUUCGGUUUUGACCGUUUCAGUUGCUGCAGUUAUUGAUUAUGUUCAUUUGAUUUUUCCA